CGACCGGAAUACCACAAUUUCCCUUCUGGUUUUAAAUGGUCUGUAGCGACUUCCGCUUUUCAAAUCGAAGGUGCAUCUAAGGAGGAUGGGAGGGGUCCAACGAUUUGGGACGAGUAUCAAAAGAAGCCAGGAAAGAUCAUCGACAAUUCAACGGCGGACAUUUCAUCUGAUAGCUACCACAAAUUUCGCGAAGACAUUAAGCUGUUGAAAUCACUCGGAGUCUCUCAUUAUCGAUUUUCUCUCUCGUGGUCACGCAUGUUUCCCACUGGUGUCACUACGAAUCCAAAUCUCAAAGGAAUACAACACUACCAUGCUGUCAUUGAUACUCUUAUCGAGAACAAUAUUGAGCCGAUGGUCACUCUUUAUCACUGGGAUCUUCCGCUUGCGCUUCAUGACGCUGGAGGUUGGCUAAACAAAGAAAUCGUUAAGUGGUUUCGCCUUUACGCUGUGUUUUGCUUCAGAGAGUACGGAAAUAAGGUCAGCUUUCAACUACACUGUUGUUAUUUCAAGGUGUUCAUUACUGAAAACGGUUGCAUGGACACUCCUGGUGAAUCCCUCAAUGACGUCACGAGGAUGCGAUAUUUGAGAGAGCACAUCGCCGCUGUUUCACAAGCAAUCGUCGACGGGUGUAACGUAGUGGGCUACACUUUAUGGAGUUUGAUAGACAAUUUUGAAUGGACUGCCGGAUACACAAAGUUGUUUGGCAUACACGAGGUAGAUUUCACAUCGCACUCCCGUACUCGUACGCCGAAACACUCCGCUAAGCUCUAUGCUGAUAUUAUUCGCAAGAACUCCGUGGUUCUUGUCGAAGGUACGUCCACGAAGAUUUGCGUUCUUUAG